UAUUAUGAUCAAUUCUGGUCUCUUGCUAGUAAUCCUGAUAGUGCUGGCAGUUGCUGGAGUCGGAUUCUUUUUGUGGAGGACUGGAAGAAUGCAGAAACUGAUCAGAGGACGCCAGAAGAGAUAUGGUGAACCCGAGGCUCCCGCGACAGGAAGGACGACCAAUAACAUUCGCCCUCCAAAGAACACAGCGUGUUACGACAACAUGACGUACACACCUGAAGAUGACAUCUACGUCUACGGCGGCAUGAGCUUCACGGCGAAGCAGCCAGGGUACAUGUCGAAAGAUCAGCUGUCACUACUGGAGGAGAUUCAAACUGGAAGAUUUGCACGAAUUUUCAAGGCUUCUUACAAGACUGGCAAAAAAGUCACACGAGGCGGCGGCAAAGGUCCUCAAAGGCACGCCUGACGAGGAUAGUAAUUU